UCGAUUAGAGAAAGGAUUGUAUUCAGAUUGUAAACUGACUUUUUCUCUAUAUGGUAGCCAAGGCUUAUAGUAGAUGGUCAAGAGGAAGGCGAGGUCAGGGUCAGCCGCACACUCGAACGAGUUACAUGUGGCCGCCUCAGUGCCAUCAAGUGUUACUGCUACCAGUAAUUAUUAAUAAUUAACGCUACAAACUAUGGCGCACACGAAGCUGAAAGUCUGUGUGGUGGUGACUGGGGUUGGUUGGACCGUACUGCUUGUGUAUGUUAUGUCUUCCCUAAAAUGGCAGCCUGGAGACAUUACUGAUACUCAGCGGAGGUCUGCACAUACCAGUCUAGCAGACAAUGUUCCUUUGGCUAGGGCAGCCAAAAGUCAUGUGUUGCUUGGUGAACUCAUUGAAGCAGCCAAGAUGAACAGUGGAAAUCAGUCCAAAGUUAAUACAUUGUCAUCAGUUACUAGCAAUGUUAGCAGCACACAAAACUCAGGUAAAACUGUGAAAAUUGUGAUCUCUGGAAAUGCUGAUACACUUAUUGGAGUUACUUCAGCCAUGAACAGUGUUGUGUCAAACACAAAAUCAUCUGUCCGUUUUUAUAUAACAUUGCCAAAGAUUGUCAUCCCAGAUUUCAGGAAAUGGGUGCUACAGACAAAGUUGCACAGGGUCAACUACACCAUACGUCCACAUGAUCCUCAGAUGCCUAAAGGAAAGCCACACUUUGCCAAAAUAUAUCUUCAGUCAAUCUUCCCAGAUUUGGAUGGGAGAUUUAUUUACCUUGAUUCUGAUGUAAUUGUUCAAGGUGAUGUGAGUGAGCUGAUUGACGUAGAUAUAAGAAGUUCUCAUUUGGGCGCUUUCUCAGAGGAAUGUAAUUCAGGCUCUAAACGGUUCAAUUUGGCAAAACCUCGAUACUCGACACACAUCAACCUACAGCACCCCAAGCUGAGAGGUUUCAAGAUUAAACCGAAAUCGUGUACCUUCAAUACAGAUGUCUUUGUGGCAGACAUGAAUGUUUGGAAAAGCUCAAAUGUUUCCCUUUUGUUAAUGGACUGGGUAAACAGUAGUAAAAAUGACCCCAUCUAUGGAUUGGAACCAGAGGCUGAUGAGGCUGAGGCUGCAAUGCUAAUCGUUAUGUACAACCGUGUAUCCCCUCUUCCACAGCUAUGGCAUGUGGGGGACCUGGGAGCGACAUCAGGUGGAGGCUAUUCAAAACAAUUUAUUAAAAAAGCCAAAUUACUGCAUUGGAAUGGUCAUUUCAAACCUUGGUCUCGUCGAACUGCCUUUGUGGAGUCUUGGACUAGAUAUUAUAUUCCUGAUCCUGACAAGAAGCACAGGCCUGUUAAAACAUUUGCUUAGGGAACCAAAGAAUCAUUAGACUAUGAAUUAGUUUUCACAGUUAUGCAUUACUAGUAUGUAAGAAUGGUGCUUUGCAUGUAUAUGAAAUAUGAGAUAGUUUUGCAGUACAAUUCUGUACAGUGGUACCUUGACUUAUGAGUUUAAUCCAUUCCGUGACCUAGCUCAUAAAUCAGUUUGCUCAUACAGUAAAUCAAAUCAGUGUUUCUCGUUUAAAUUAAUUGAAAUGUCUUUAAUCUGUUUCAGCGGAAUUCCUGCUCUUGGGAGGCAGAAGAAAAUACUUCAGUAUAAUGCUAAUAUCAACUCUAUGGCUUAUUUAUCUAUCACAGUUGAUCUAAUAAACAAUUAAAUUAACAUAGAAACAUGAUAUACACUCUAGAAUUAAUAAAAUGUCAUGUGACGAGUGGUGUCGGCCACUCCCGAGGUAAAAAUAAUCGCUCUGACCAUAUCUUCCCAUGCUUCCCCUUCUGAAGUCUUAUUAUAAGAAGAAAUGGAGUGUUUGUGAGGCUAACUGCACUAGAUUACUAGUUUUAUAAGGAAAACACUGAAACAGUGUACACCUACCAUCCGACUUACGACCUGCUCGACAUACGACCAUUCGACUUACGACCGUAUUUUUUAUGCCAAAUUUCUGGGAAAUAAACAACUGUCUGUGUUGUACAGUGUUUAUCCUAAACCAUACAAUAUAAAAUACAGUACUAACAGCAUAAAAAGUAAAGUAAAACAUGAAAUACCAAAAUAAAACGAUACAAUAAAGUCAUUACAAAAAUGUGAUGUUAAUAUUCAGUAGCAAAGCUCGACUUAAGUCCAUUUCGACUUACGACCGGUUUCUCGGAACUGAACUCAGUCGUAAGUCGGAUGGUACCUGUAUUUAUAAAUAAGAAAUAUUUUAUAAAAACAUAAAACAAUAGAGAAUGUAAAGGAAUAAACUGGUUUUAUAAAGUGUACGUAUUUACUUUGGAGAACAGAUGCUGGCGGAAGGGAGGGUGGAAAAGAUAUGCAGAGCGGUGUAUGCUGUCAGUGGCCCUAUAAACCCCAACAACAACAACAAAGAUAGGCAGAGGAGACUGGAGGAGUUCAUUUCAUUUUGUGCUUUUUUUCUAUUGCUUAAUCGCUUAACCCUUAAAUGGUCCAAACGUAUAUAUACGUUUUUUCAACAUCUGAAAGUAUGUAAAAAAAUGUAGAUCUUCUUUUUUGUUUUGCAUUUGAAAAUGUGUAAAAAAAAACUUUUAUCUAAAUUUUUUUUUUGUUAUAUUUGAAAAUAUGUAAAAAAAAGUAGAUCUACUUUUGUGGCACUACGAAUUUGAACGCCGAUCUGUUUGGACCGGUUAAGGGUUAACUUACGUGCUACACUCUUAAUGCUACACUUUAUCAGUGAACUUAAUUGCUACAAUUUGUUUUUUAUUUUUUUCACUUCAUUGGACGAGUUUGUUCUGCUUUAGUAUGGUACAUAUUGUAGAAAUACUACUUUGCUGGUACUGCCUCGCCAACUCCACUACCCGCACACCUCACUCGUGUUUUUUCUAUGAUUUCAUGCUUUAAUUCAAUGGACAUCAUCCUCAUUCUUCUUAGUACUGUCCUUUGCACUUACUUUCUUAGGACCCAUAGUUAUAAAAAAGAAAUUUGGCAAAAUAACUGCACAAAAGGCAAGCACAACACAAGAGAGAUGCAUUCACGGCGAGGUAAACACGUGCACUGCUGAGCAGAUGUUGUGGCAUUCGCUGCACCAACUAGUGGCGGUGUAUCUGAAGCUCGCUCGUAACUCGGAUAUUGGCUUGUAACUCAGAGCAAAAAAUCAACCAAGCGACGACUUGUAACUCGAAAAACUCGUAUGUUGGGGCACUUGUCAGUCGAGGUUCCACUGUACUUGAUAUAAUACAGUUAAAUAUCACUCAAUACUGUAUUAGUUGCUUGGCUAAGUAUUCAUGUGAAAAUUUGCUCCUUUAAUAAAAAUGCUUUUAAACCAUUGUAGAUAUGACUCCAUACCUCAGUCAUUGUGUAGCAAGAGAUUUUACUAUACCUGUUUAUUAUAAUAAUAAUAGCGUAUAUAAAAAAAUUGUUGGAGUGUGAGCAAAGUAACAUUUAUGAAGGGAUUCAGGGAAACCAGCAGGCCGGACUUGAGUCCUUGAGAUGGGAAGCACAGUGCCUGCACUCUGAAGGAAGGGUGUUAAUGUUGCAGCUUAAAAUCUGUAGUGUAAAGCACCUUUUUGGCAAGACAGCGAUGGAGUAAAUGAUGGUGAAAGUUUUUCUUUUUCGGGCCACCCUGCCUUGAUGGGAAUCGGCCAGUGUGUUAAUAAAAAAUAUAAAAAAAUUAAUUAUUUUAUGGCUUCUUAAUUUUAUAGUAAGCACUGUUAGACUUAAGUGUUUUGUGAAGAGUUUUACAUUGUCAUUUUCUAAGUCCAAGACAAAGGUAAAACAAAAUAUACAACACUUAAUGUGUUUAGGAACUCCAUGCAGGUAAAAAGCACUGAAAAAUGGUACUCACUACCUAAAGAUGCAAAAGAAAAGUUCUCAGUCUGCCAUAUGCUUCAAAACUCUUGUUAAAAGAUGCCUUAUUACCCUUAUGUGAUUACUGCUUUGAUUGUUAAUGACUUGUUCAUAUCAAAUGUGAUAUUGUUGCCAUACAAUUAUUAAUGGAAUUAACAUUGUCAAUUCAGUUUAGGUUGUUGUUGCUUAGUAUUAACUGUUAAACUUACUAGUAUUAUUCAAGCAAACAAACUUAUUCUAUUCAUUGUAGUUUCUAGUCUUAGGUUUAAGGUAUAACCAUUGUAUUCCUAAAAUGCUUUGCAUAAUCAGUGACUUUCAAUUAAGCUUGAAAUCCAUGCCCCUUUUUUUUUUUUUUUUGUAGCAAUUUUAUCCAUUGCAAGCUUUUUGGAGAUAAAGACUUGUAUGUAUUUGUAUCAUGAAUAAUAUACUGUACUACAUAUGCAACAUGGAAUUAUAUUAUUUAGGUAUAACAGUGCUAAGGUGCUCUAUUAAUCAUUAUUGUCAAUGCUUUCUAAACCAAAGAAUGAAUAGUUUUAUGUUUUUCUGUGUCUAAUAAGCUACGUAUUUUCAUUAUUUCUACUGUAAUGUUAUAUAUAAAAAAUCCCAAAAUAUCACUUUACCUAGUAGCUGA